AUGCCAGAAAUGGAGAAGCUGGUCACCUGCCUAUACUUCAACAACAACGAAGCGCGAAAAGCCGCCGAUUUCUAUGCAGCAAUCUUUCCAGACAGCCACGUUGGAGUUCACAUGUUUCUACGCGGUCCUCUCACAGAAGAGGAAGACGAAGAGAGUGUCAAGGAGGAAGAUGAGGAUGGAGGCGAAUACAGCGAGAUGAAAGCCGUCGAAUUCAGUAUCUUAAAUCAGCCAUUCCUUGGAGUAAACGUAGCACAGAACUUUCGACCCAUGAAUGCAGUGGCUUUCAGGGUGUUCACAGAGAGUCAGGAGGAGACAGAUCGUUUUUGGAACGCAAUCGUCGACAAUGGCGGUCAGGAACUCAACUUCGGCUGGUGCGUGGAUCGUUGGAAGUUUAAGUGGCAAUUUGUCCCAUGGAAACUCAAACACGGUCUCACCGAUCUAGACCCAGUCGUGUCGAGACGGGUGGUGGCAGCCAUGAAGCGAAUGAAAAAGAUUGAUGUCGCCAAGUUGGAAGCGGCGUUACGGGGCGAAAAAGUCGAUGCUGUGUAUCAGUGGCUUAACAUAACCGCAGCUAAUCCAUGCUUCGAUUGGCUUGCAUUACCUUAG